UUCUAAAGGUACAGCACUCUGUUAUCUGUCCCCCCACUCUCAUCAUCACAGCCAGAAGCAAACAAUGGCUACAAAAAUUAGAGAGAGAAAAAGAAAGAGAAGAUUGAAUCUUUUUCAUCCUCAUAUUUCGAGAUCCAAUGCAGCUAACAUAACAGUCAUAUUUCCCUCAAUUGAAUAAUUUUUCCAAUUUUUACCCCCUUCAAUAUUAGGUUUUCACAGAAUUAGAAGUACCGGGCCUUUCUGAAAUCCUAGAAUUUUGUUGUUUGUACUCAAAAUCCUGAUAAGAACUUAGGGAAAGAAGCAAAAUCUUGGAUUUUGGAGUUUAAUUGCUGUAAUUUUAGGGUUUCGUACUUUCACAUUUCUUGCGUAGAGUUCUGAAACCCUAGAAUUUCAAUUUCUUCACUUUGAAACCCUAAUUGAAAAUCAAAUCCUGGAUUUCGAGUUCCUUUAUCUGAAAAUUUAUGACCCUUAAAUUUAAUUAGCGAGAAAGCUCUUUCGCUUGUGUUUCUAAUCCUAAACCCUUAAUUCGAGAGCAGAAGGAACAAAAAAUGUCGACUCGAGGGAGCAAAUCGGAGAAAGUUAAAAGAAUAUUUCAGCAAUUCGAUGCGAACAGGGAUGGCGGUCUUAACCGAGAGGAAAUGGCUGCUCUCGUGGUGGCGGUGAACCCUAGGGUUAAAUUUAGCGAGGAGCAAAUUAAUGCAAUCCUCGACGAGGUGUUUCGUACCUACGGAGAAUUCAUCGACGGUGAAAAGGGCCUGACGUUCGAUGGCCUCCUUCGAACCUACGAUGACGGAGCUGGUGAUGUGGACCGCGAUUUUGAUGCCCUUGGCCUCGAGCUUAAGCCCUCCGAGGAGAAAAAUGGAAUUUCGUUGGCAUUAGAGGAGCCAGCCUCGUCUUCGUCCAUUGCAGAUGAGCGUGUGAUGGAGCCCCACAAAAAACAGCGCACCGUUGCCUGGGCAUCCUCCCCUAACCAUGGCAUUGUCUUUGAUGAUACAUGGAAGCUUGUUGACGAUCUUGAAAUAUUAAUUAAAAGGUUAAAGUCGAAGCAGUCCAAGGAUGGUAAGGUGAAAAAUGAUAAUUCUGAUGUAUAUUCAGAUCCGGGCUGGUCUCGGGAGCUCGGCCCAUCAGUGGAGAUUCCGGAGAAAAGGGUGAUUUGGGAAGAGUCAGGGCAUGACUAUGCAGUUUUUGUUAAGGAGUUGGGAGUUUUGAGGUCUAGGGCUGAUGGAGCAAGGUCAAGGGAAGAGGCUUUUGAUGGUCAUAUGGCGAUUGGUCGAGUAUUAUAUGAACAUUUUUUAAUUAAGGAGGCUUUGGUGAGCUUUAAGAGAGCAUGCGAGUUGCAGCCAACUGAUGUCAGACCGCAUUUUAGAGCCGGGAAUUGUUUGUAUGUGCUCGGGAGGCAUGGUGAGGCCAAAGGGGAAUUUCAACUUGCACUGGAGGCAGCAGAGGUUGGUGGAAAUCAAUGGGCGUAUCUUUUGCCUCAGAUUCAUGUGAAUUUGGGAAUUGCACUUGAAGGUGAAGGAAUGCUUAUUAGUGCUUGUGAGCAUUAUAGAGAAGCUGCUAUUUUGUGCCCUACACAUUUUAGGGCUUUGAAGCUUUUGGGUAGUGCCCUAUUCGGUGUGGGUGAGAAUAAGGCCGCCAUUAAGGCCUUAGAAGAGGCUAUUUACAUGAAGAAUGAUUAUGCUGAUGCACACUGUGAUUUGGCUUCUGCUUUGCAUGCUGUUGGUGAUGAUGAUAAUGCAAUUAAGGAGUUUCAGAAAGCUAUUGACUUGAAACCUGGUCACGUGGAUGCAUUGUACAAUUUGGGCGGGCUAUAUAUGGAUAUGGGUAGGUAUCAGAGGGCAUCAGAGAUGUAUACCAGAGUCUUGGGUGUGUGGCCAAACCAUUGGAGAGCACAGCUAAAUAAGGCAGUUUCUUUGUUAGGAGCUGGGGAAACUGACGAAGCUAAGAAAGCUCUGAAAGAAGCUUUAAAAAUGACUAACAGGGUCGAAUUGCAUGAUGCUAUAUCACACUUGAAGCAGCUACAGAAGAAGAAAGGGAAAGGAAGUGGUACUGGUGAGGAGGCCUACAUUACUGUGGAACCCUCAAAAUUUAAGGUUGUAGGUGAGAAAACUACAUUGAGGCCGGAACUCGCUGUUGCCCUUGAUAUUAGAGCUUUUCAGAGGAUCACUAGGUUGAAUCGGUGUGAGGUAGAACUAAUAAAGAAAGAAAUGAAUGAAAGUGAUGUACCAGAAUCCUAUUCGGGCAGUGGUAUACCUGAAAAGUCCAUACGCAAGGCUUCAUUGGAGGGAAUUCUCCGCAAGUUACUUAAAUUCUUGAAGCCUGAAACAUUUACAGGAGCUGUCAAAGCUGUAAACCAGAAAAUCCUUUCUGUUCUGGAUGAAUCGGAGUUAGGUAGGGUGGACUUGGGCAUGUUUUUUGCUGUCCUUUCACCUAUUUGUGGUGGUUCUCUGGACAAGAGAAAGCGGAUUGCAUAUGAUGCACUCUUGUGGCGCCCAGUAAAUGAAGGUAGAGCACAGAUAUCAAGGGCUGAUGCCCAGAGAUACAUCAAACUAUUGAGGGCCAUCUAUAUUCCCUCCCAUGGUAUUAGUGAAAUACUGGAAAUCCAUGGAGAAACGGAUAACUCUUUGGUCUCUAUAACUGAGUUCAUUGCGAUGUUUGAUGAUCAAGAAUGGGGCUUCGGUAUCAUGUCGACUCUAUUGAAGCUUGAAACUGGGGAUAGAACUCGCCAUGGUCGCCAUGUCUGUUCUACUUGUCGUUAUCCCAUCAUUGGAUCCCGCUUUAAAGAGAUGAAAUCACACUUUAGUCUUUGCAGUCAAUGCUACAGUGACGGAAAAGUGCCUCCUAACUGCAAGCAGGAAGAGUACAGAUUCAAAGAGUAUGCAACUGAAUCUGAAGCGGUUAAAGAUAAAUGUAUGUGGUUCAAUUUGCACUCCAAAGGUUCCUCGCCUCCUGCCUCCUAGUUAGUCAUGUGUAGGUCGUUUGAUAAUCCUGUAAUAUUUCAUAUAUAAAAUUUAGCCGUCCUGUGUGAAUUAUGUAGCUUGUGGAAUGUUUUUACAUUUUAGCUGCCUUUUGUUGUACAAUAAAUCUUUUUGAAGCGUUGACCCUUGAUUCUUUGUUCCCUAUGUAGCAGUUACCGAACAUGUAUUCCCCAUUGUUUUUGUACGCAUUCGUUCUUGAUACUGACUCCUUGUGCAGUAUAUGAGUAUUUCUUUGGUGUAAUUCUUUAUUGAUUUGUAAUGCUGCCUUUCGACUCUGCAUAGAGAUCAUGAUUAAUCCAGAUA